AUGUCCGCCAUCGUCGGAUAUGAAAUCUUCCACUUCGUGACCGAUGCCAUCCUCUUCAUCACCCUGGUGGCCUCGAUAUGCUUCACCAUCUGCGCCGCGCUCCGCCUCCGUCGCCGCCGCGACCAUGCACGCAGGGUCUUUUCUUGGGUCAAGAUAGCCUGGGUCAUGCAAACAAUUGCCGUCUUUUUUAGCCUCCUCGAAAUCGCGACCGUCACCCUCGUCUCGCGCGUUUAUCAAUCCAACUAUGACUAUCUUGAUGACGAAACAACAGAGGAGGACCCACUCGUUUUGGUCACUCGCAUAGCGACUGGCGCCUCUGCUCUUUCUCUUUGCUUCAACGUCUUUGCCGAGCUCACUAUCUUCCUCACCCUCGCUAGCUUGAUCCGAUGCAUUCGAUAUAUUGCUCCCCGCGACGAAAAACACAUUCGUCGCCACAAGUGGUCACGAUACUCCGCUUACGCCGUCUCGUUUGGCAUUUGUAUUCUUUCUCUUGCCGUUCUCAGUGUUGAGCUCUAUCAUAUUGUUCUCUCGGAAAUCAUUUCCUCCACAAACGGCAUUGCCUGGGAUAGACUCUACAACAACUACUACGUCGCCUCCGCUAUCAUGAACUUGACAUGCCAGGCGGUUCUCGCGUUCCUCGCCAUAUCCAUGCUUGUUCGGUCUUGCCUGCUACGGCGCAAACUUCGCUCCUCGAAGUCGCUACAGAAGCCUCUGCGAUACCUCAUUGCUUGCUGCAGCGUCUGGAUUGUACGUGCUGCUUUUGACAUUUACUCCAUCAUUUUUCAAACGGUUAGCCCGUUCUUGUUUACCCCAUUCGUUGAGGCUGGGUCGAGUUUCAACGAAAUAUUGUCCGUCAUUCUCAAGACAUGGCCCCUCUUCAUCAUUCUUGUUAUUCUCUAUUAUCUCGGGCUGGAGAAGAAGACUGGUCUCUCAUCUACUGGCACUUCCUUGCUCCUGGGAGACCGUGAAAGCCAGGUAGCUUCAUCGGAAUUCCUAUCCCCAGAGCCGACAAUAGCCACGCCGAUGACGGAGCGCGCCGUCACCCCAGCUCUGUCGCCCGUACACCAACGCCCAGAAAGCUUAUUUUCCUGUGACGGUGUCGCCGAUGCACCUCCCGAAUAUUCUCCGCCAGCUUCCCAUCAUGUCGUCUCCUCUGUCACCGCAACUUCUCUUCUACAUGUGCCAAUCAUCAGACGACCUAUUCCCCCUUCUGCCUCACAAGCUACCGACGAAAUGACGCGACUAUCGGGAGAGGGCCAUGAGCUAUCAGCCAAUCAGCCCGGAACAAUAACACAUCAAGCGGCAGUUCCAUCGGUUAGCAAUUCUUCGCCACAAUCAUCCCAACUAUCACAGCGGAGCCUAGAUGAGCUUGUACCGCAACUCCCCAGUACGACAGAAGACGAUGAUGAGUCUUUGGGUCUUUACCAUCAAGCAGAUGGCCGCAUGCCGCAAUCAGAACUGUCCAGCUCAUUGCCAUCCCACGAUGAAGCAAUGGGCUUGUACCAUCAAGCCGACGGUCGACCCCCGACGUCCGAGGCGGACUCUAGUGUGCUACCCUCACACGAGGAGAGUAUGGGCUUGUUUCAUCAGGCGGACGGAAGGCCACCGGGAUCAAGCAGCAGUGAUGUGCCUCCGGAAAGCUCGAAUGCAGCCCUCUUUUCGUCAUUUGCAGCUACACCAGACACCAUGUCUGCCCCUCCAUCGCACGAUGAAGCGAUGGGAUUAUAUCACCAAGCGGACGGUAGAGUGCCUCUGUCAGAAGUGCUGCCACCGGAAAAGGAUACGAAAAAGAAGUAA